GUCGAGCUAUAUUUAUCUGCUCGGAGCUCGAUGCGCAUGCGCAGAAACACACUCACCGACACCGAGCACACCGACAACCAGCAGGCGUCAGUAUGGACGUGUUUGAGGUCAGAGGUCGCCUGGACGUGAUCGCGGAGGAGCUGGCGAGUGAGGAGGAGGAGGAGGAGGCCACUGAUGAAGAUGUGUUUGAGCAGGGCUCCUCUGAUGUGUCCACACACACGCAGCAGAUGAAGGAGCAGCUGAACAAGCGCAGGAGCAAACUGAGCCAGAAGAUCGUGGAGAUGGAGAACUUCGCCAGUAACCUGGAGGAGAUCUUCAUCACUGUGGAGGAGAACUUCGGCCGGCAGGAGCAGAAUCUGGAGCAGCACUAUAAUGAAGUUCUGCAGACGCUGUUGCAGAGGAACGAGGCACGAGCAGCCGCUCUGGACGAGCAGAAGAACAGCAAGCUGGAGUGUUUGUACGGUCAGCUGCUGCGGUGCGGCCAAACCCUGGACGCCUCCAAAGAGCUGAUCGAGAGCGCACAGGAGCUCCACCGCAGACCAGACAAACACGGCUUCCUGCAGGCUGUCAUGCCAGUGAUGAAGAGAGUGGAGCAGUUCGCCGGAGAGGAAGUGGAUCUGAAGCUGGGAGUGUCUCUGGACUUCCAGGUGCUGACCCCAGAUCUGUCCGAGGUCAGACAGAUGAUGGAGUCCAUUAAUGUGCUUCCAGCUCCGUCGGCUCCGGUCAUGAAUCCUCAGAUCGCUAACUCUGCCACAGACACGUCGCUGCACGUGUGCUGGAGUCUGUUCUCGGACGACACCGUGGAGUUUUACGAGCUUUACUGGCGUCUGAUCUCUGAUGACUCACAGUGUGACCCAUGUCAGGACUGA